AUGCCGCUGGACCUCAAGGCUGAAGAGGAACGUGCCAUUUAUCGUCUUAUCCAUGAAAGGCAAGACGUAAAAAUUCUGGACACUGGAUUGGAUGAUCUAAGCAUUGAGCCCAGAUCACAUAUCCACUCAAGGCACCCGACAAAAGCGAAGCAGUUCAAGUGGACAAAACAAUCUCCAACUGGGAAAGCACUUGAGUUUUUCUCGGACGGUUCAAAGAUACAAGACAAGGUAGGCGCGGCAUUCAUUGCCCUCCACAACAAUGAACCACUGUUCAAAGCAGCAAAACGAUUGAGCGACCACGCUACUGUCUUCCAAGCGGAGUCACGCGCCCUCAAAGAUGCCGCCCUCUGGGCAGGACAAUUCAGAGCGAUGGAUAUUCACUUCUACACAGAUAGUAUGAGCGUACUCCAAUGCCUCAAUAAGACUGGGGUUAUUCCCGUCCACAUUGAAGCACUCAAGGAGAUCCUCUCUACACUAGGCGACCUCAACAAAGUAACACUCCAUUGGAUAAGAGGCCAUCAAGGCACAGCCGGAAACGAAUACGCCGACAGACUGGCUAAAGACGCCACCAACUUCCCAACAAUAGACUGCCCUACUCCUCUCUCCGAAGAAGCAGCAAAACAAAAGAUUCAGACAAUACUCCUGGACUACUGGCAAGACCGCUGGGACACAGCCGACACCGGCCGCUAUACCCAUGCCAUCUUCCCACAAGUCAAGCUGAAGAGAUUAAAGUCCGAUUUUUACAUCUUACAGGGACUUACCAAUCACGGACGGUUUCCAUAUUACUUCACAAGAUUCUUCCGCCGCUCUCUGGAAUGCAGCUGCGGGACUCCAGCAACAGCAGCAGAUGCCAAGCAUUAUUUGACGAUCUGCCCCUUCACCAAAGACCUGCGAGCAAGACACUUCUCAUCCUUAGGACAAAACAUGGACCUCCGCAAGAUCUUCACAGAUUACUAUGGCCAAAGAGGAGCUCGAGAAAUCAUCAAGUUCGUCAACGAACAUCAGAGGGAUAUGAUAACUGAAAGCUAA